GCCAAUUUACAAAAGUAGCCAACAGCAGUCCCUGUCUUUCCGAAAAAAUAGUUGGCAGCAACACACAGUUUCGUUUCCACGGAAAAGAAAAGAGAAACAAAGAAAAGAAAAGAAAACAAAACACUACUAACAUCUAAUUCUAAUCUAACCUGAUCUGAAUCGGUGCGUUAAACGGCGGGUCGUUUUGACAGAACGGCAUCGAUCAAAUCUGGCAAAUCUCGUGGGAUUGAGGGCUCGGUCUUCGUUGAAGCAAGCUUCGGCUGAUCUGAACGACGAGGAGGAGGAGUGCAGGCCUUGGCGUCGCAGGUUAACAAUGUCUUUCUCCUGGGCCUCCGCCCUCAGGAUCGCCGUUCUCCUCCUCCUCAUCGCCGCGGUUAUCACCGCCUGCUUCACGCUCCCUAUCGAGAAGAUGAUGAAGGACUUCUUAUUGUGGGUCGAUCAUGAUCUUGGGCCCUGGGGCCCAAUCGUUCUGGCUGUUGCUUACAUUCCUUUGACUGUCUUGGCAGUUCCAGCUUCUGUGCUUACUCUUGGUGGUGGUUAUCUUUUUGGGCUUCCAGUGGGCUUUGUCGCUGACUCUAUAGGUGCAACUGUUGGUGCAGGAGCUGCAUUUCUUCUUGGUAGAACAAUUGGGAGGUCAUUUGUUGUUUCUAGGUUGAAGGAUUAUCCGCAAUUCAGAUCAGUUGCAAUUGCAAUUCGGAGGUCUGGCUUUAAGAUUGUAUUACUGCUUCGACUUGUUCCGCUACUACCCUUUAACAUGUUAAAUUAUCUCUUGUCGGUGACUCCUGUUUCAAUCGGGGAAUACAUGCUGGCUUCCUGGCUAGGAAUGAUGCCAAUAACACUGGCACUUGUAUAUGUUGGAACCACUCUUAAAGAUCUUUCUGAUGUGACACAUGGUUGGGGCGAGUUCUCAAAGACUCGUUGGGCAUUUAUCAUUCUUGGUCUUGUGAUAUCUGUGGUUCUGAUGAUAUGUGUUACUAAAGUUGCCAAGUCUGCUUUAGAUAAAGCCUUAGCCGAAAAUGAAGAUAUUGAUGAGAUUGGUUCCUCGCCAGAGUUACCGAUUGUUGCUGAACCAGCAUCAGCAGAUCUCAACCAACCUCUCAUUGUUAAGAUAGAUUCUGCUGAAGACAGUCAUGAAAAGUAAAUUCCUUUUUGUGUAAAUUCUUUCUCCACCUACCAUCUCAAGGCUAUAGAGCUAGCUAGCUGCCUGCGUCUAUUUAUUCGCGAUUUGUACAGUUUCUACAUUAGAAAUAUAGUUUAUGACAGGAGUGUUUAACCCUACAGCCAAGGUGACAUUAUUGACUGAGUCCUUUUUUUAGCAGUAAAAAUGUUCAUGCUAUGAACCAUUCCUUAUUUUGCUCCCGAUUGUACUGGAGUCCUUCACAAUUGGCAUUUUGAAUCUCUAGACUUUUACUAAACACUUUUUCUUAAUACAUUUCUUUAUUGUUGAUU